AUGGAGAAAUUGUUAGAAGCUUUAGAUUGCACUGACUUUCAGAAGGUGCGGUUUGCAACUUUCAAGUUGAUUGGAGAAGCUGAGCGUUGGUGGAGAUCUACUAAAGCCAUUUUGAAGGGAAUGGACACUGAGAUAAAUCCCAUCACUUGGGAGAAAUUUAAAGGGGUUUUCAGUGAUAACUACUUCCCUGAGGUGGUUCGAGAACGAAAAGAGAGGGAAUUUGCUGAUUUGGUGCAAGGAAGGGUUGAUAACUAUGCAAAGUCGGUUAAGAGAGCUAUGAGACUGGAGAAAAAUUUCAAGAACAAUGUUAGGAAGGAGAACCCACCUAGAAACACUGGACAGACAGGCUUUCGUCAAGGCAAUGCUCAAGGUCAUUGGAACAAGAAAGGAUCUUUUGGGAGGUCUGGGAAUAAUUCAUCAUCAAAUAAACCAGAAAAUAAGAAUCCACCCCAGAAUGCUCAAGGUAGAAUUUUGAAUGCUUGCCCUACAUGUGGAAGGUUUCAUGGAGAUAAGUCGUGUUUCUUUGAAGGAAAGGCUUGUUAUAACUGUGGGAAGACAGGACACUUAGCUAGAAGCUGUACUUCUCCUCAACAAAACUCAAUGGCACAACCUGGAAAGAAUGAUCAGAGGAGGAAAGCACAAGGGAGAGUGUUUGCACUCACACCACAAGAUGUCCAAGCUUCGGAUACUGUGGUUACAGGUAUUUGA